CUGAAAGACAAGAAAAAAAUAAUUGAAUCAUGAAAAAAAAUUGUUAUAAUCUAGUGGACCCCCAAAUUUUUUAUGGACACACAUCACCCCCAUUUUUCACAGACCAUCUGUGGACCCCUUUAACUUAGCAGAUCCCCAAUUAUUAUUAUUAUUAUUUCUGAAACCACCAAAAAUAACCCCUCUCAGUGAACAACCCCCACCCCCAUAAAAAUCCUAGCUACAGCUCUGUAUGAUGUAACCCAAUAAAUCAUUAUAAUAAAAUAUAAAACCAGGCACAUAUAGCUCCUCUGUUUAAAAAUAACCCACAGAAGAAUGGCAAAUUUAGCCAUAUACCAUAUUUUUAGCUACAGAACAGUAAAGGCAAUAGCAAAUACGAGCAGCAGUAGUAGUAGGAAUAUUGCAUCAUAAAAAAGUGUUGUACGCUAUUCAGGCAAACACCAUUAAACACAAACUUUUCCUGGGCAGCUAGUAAUAAUUUGUUAGCAUUAUUUGUUAACAUUCUUGUAUACAUUAAUUAAAUCAACUGUUUAUAUAUUCGUUUUAAGGUACUACAACAGAGUUAGUUUCCACUUCGCCAUCACCUGGAAACCAAGAACGUAUAGGCCUCAUCAUAGGUCUUGUUUGUGUUGGGAUUUUUUUAGUGAUACUUAUUCUCGUGAUUAAAUACAGAAACAAAUUGCAUCAUAAGUACGUUGCACUUACAACACGACGUGGAACCAACUUAAAGUUAAAAACGUUCAUGGUAGAUCCGAGGAAUUGGCAUCUGAAUAUUGUGUGUGAAAAUGCAGAGGGAGUAUUUCCAAACCAACGGUUGUGGUUAACAAUAACAAAUACCACUUCCCAGAAAAAAAUUGUGGACGAAAAAGCAUGGCAACAGUUUGAAGGAAAUAUGAAGAUAAUAUCACUACCAGCUGGAGGUGGUUCUUUUUGUGCCAAAUUAGGCACCAGUAAAGGAAUUAACAAAAAGAUAAAUUGGAUUCACAGUUUGGACAUCACUGUACCAAGUCAGCCUUGUACCUGCUCUCUGGAAAGUUUAAUGGUUGAGAAUAGUACACUAGAUGCAGUGUACCAUCUCCUCUGUAUUGAUAUGAAUAGCUCUGUAGAGAGUGUCAAGCGAAUUGCAAAACAAAUGCAAAGAAAUGCAAGUGAAAUUAACUCCUUACAAGCCACAACUAAGCCGUUUGAUGCAUUAAUUUUACUCGUUUCAUCUGAGUCUGAUUCUUUUAACGUGAGUCAUAUCGUCAUGGCACUGACGUGUACAGGUAACGAUAUGACACCAACGGAAAAACGUGUUGUGGAGUACAUUUUAAAAUGGCAUAGAAAUUGUGAAAUGUGUCAUCAUAUUCGUGUCCACAACACUGGUGCUCAACUGCAUACAGAAAUAAUAGUUAAUGAAACCAGCAGGGUUGUUUAAUGUCAUAUAGGUCAUGUAAAUCAGGGUGGUACCAGAGAUUAAAGCUCACUUCAACAUUUGGUAAUAUAAACCGGGGUGGUAAACAGUGGAGUUCUUUCACUUGAGAAAGCAUACUUCUACUUUUAGGUUCGAGCGAUAGAAACAGUUCGUCUGGAUUGUUUUCAUGGGUUGUGAAGCUAUAAAAUCAUUUAUUUUAAGGUCUACAGUGAUGGAUUAAAUGGAUAUGAAGAGUGGCAUAUUUAGGGGCUGUGCACACUUCCACUAAAAAAGCUCACAUCCUCAGGCACCCCACUGAAAAUUUUGUAAGCAAAAUAUUCCACUCAAGUACAGUAGUAUAAAAUGACCUCGUAUCACUUUAUUUUACCAGCUGGUCUUUCUUCUUCUUCUCUUCUUCUGAUUUAAUGUUAGAAACGUCAUUUCUUCUGGUGAUUACGAUUGAAUUGGUGGAACUCUGCAGGGUGGGUUCAUUCAGUUCCCAAGGCAGAAGUAGCCCGCAUGCCCUUAAGCUGGUACCCCCUCACUUUAUCAUCUUUCCAGAUAUGUGGAGUACUGACAGUAAUCUUUCGUAAUUUUUCCCAAUUUUAGGAACAAAUUCAUCCUGUUCAAAAAUUCAGCAAUCCUCAACCACUUCAGUUUUUAAACCUCAAUUUACCAAAUACUGAUACUGAUUUGUU